AUGCUGUCGUCCAACUACAUUCAAUCGAGUGCUCAAGACAAGACUGCUUGGUCAAAAGUACUAGCAAUCUGCUCACUCUUAUCCACUACGUAUUCAGCCCCACUUUUCGCUCGGACCGUCACCACAACCAAAGGCGACGCACCGAACGCAAGCAACGUCAACAAGGAGGGGCCGCAGUCCGACUCUCCGCAAGAACAAGGUGUCAAGAGCUCUCGAGCCACAGGCGGCGAGGUGCAGGACACAGCUAGUGUGGCAGAACCCACCGGCCAAGUUGGUAGUGGAAACGGGCAAGACGAAGAAGGAGGUGCCCCAGGGACCAAGGACCCGAAUAAGUCUGCAGACCAGAAGAGUGCCGAGGUGCAAAAGGAAGGCAUGAAGCCAUUGGAUCCUGCUGAUAAAUAG